AUGGAUGAAGAGAGUCUGGAAGCAGCCAUUCAGACCUACAAUGCCCAGCUGCAGCAAGUGGAGCUGGCUUUAGGGGCAGGCUCGGACCCAUCGCAGCAGUCGGACUUGAUUCAGUUGCAGGAAGAUUUGAAGCAGCUGAUAGAACUGACUGAAUCCAGCCUGGUGUCUGUUAAAAAGAGCAAACUUCUGGCUACUUUAGAUACAAAUGCCUCCUCCUCCUCCUCCCCAGUAGGUCUGCUGGAGCGGGACACUAACCCAGAUGGUUCUGCCCAAGAUGAGGAGUACGCUGCUUUUAAGGAAGCCAUUGCUGACCUUGGAACCGAUGAAAAGCCUUCAGCUAAUAACAAUGAGAUAUCAUCAAAGAGAGGUGAAGAAACUGAUGACAAAAAUGAAUCAAAGUACAGUGAAGAGGAGGAGGAGUCUGACAGAGAGGAAGAGGAGGAGGAAUUGAGUGGGAUGAAGGUUAAAGCCCCCUACUACAGUUCUUGGGGGACCCUGGAGUACCAUAAUGCCAUGAUUGUGGGGACAGAGGACUUGGAAGAUGGCAGUGCAGGAGUCAGAGUGCUGUAUCUCUAUCCAACUCACAAGUCUCUGAAGCCAUGCCCGUUCUUCUUGGAUGACAAAUGCAGAUUUAAAGAGAACUGUCGGUUUUCACAUGGUGAGGUGGUCUCUGUGGAAGAGCUUCAGCCAUUUCAGGAGCCCAAUCUGAGCGCGCUGGAGGUGGGCUCAGCCUGCCUGGCGAAGCACAGCGAUGGAAUAUGGUACACGGCAAAAAUAACCGACAUUGACAGUGGUUACUACACUGUGAAGUUUGAUUCCCUGCUGCUCAAGGAAGCUGUUGUGGAAGGAGAUAGUGUCAUUCCCCCACUGCGAAGUGACGAUGGUGCCGAAUCUGAGUCUGAUGAAGACAGUGUUGAUGAUUCUGGUUAUGCUAAAAUGAUAGACUCAGGAGUUCCAGAGAACGGGGAAUGGACUCCUGCGUGCAGUUCCUCUUUUGGUGGCUGGGAAGCCCAUACCCGUGGUAUUGGCUCCAAACUGCUUGUUCAGAUGGGAUAUGAGUUUGGAAAAGGGUUAGGGAAGAAUUCUGAGGGCCGAGUGGAGCCAGUGCAGGCUGUGGUACUUCCUCGAGGGAAGUCCCUCGACCAGUGUGCUGAGGUGCUUCAGAAGAAGAAACAGGGGAAGCUGGACCCAGGCAAAUCAAGGAAAUGUCGAGCAAAGGGAAGCAGCUCUGGACAGUCCCCUGCAGGCAGUCGUAAGCCUCCCCGCAAUGUGUUUGACUUUUUAAAUGAGAAACUGCGAGGGAAGAGCACUGGGGAGAAGGCUGGAGGGAUGGCGCUGCCGGAGAGGAACAGCAAAGAGAUCUACCACGCUAGCAAGAGCACCAAGAAAGCCCUGAGCGUCCGCCUCUUCCAGACAAUGGAGAAGAUUGAACAAACGCAGAAGGAUAUCAGAGGAAUCCAGCAGGCCCUGGCACGCAACAUUGGACGGCACAGCAUUGCCACAGCUCAGCUGGAGGAGAAGCUGGCUAAUGCGCACAAACAGCUGGGGCAGCUGCAGGCCCAGGAAGCCAGUCUGCAGCGGGAGCAGAAGAAAGCAGACACGCACAAGAAGAUGACCGAGUUCUAGUCUGAGAAAGGCGUUUGACUGCAGUGAUUGUCCUUCUAGCCAGCCCCAGUGCUCAUGGCCUCAGAGCCUCGGUGAGCCAUCCUGCUCCUCUGGGCCUCAGGCCCCCGAAAACGGGGCUGAAAAGCAGCAGUUUCUAAAACUAGA